CUCCACACAGCCUGUUCUGUGGGUCAGUUUAGGUCUGGCUCGGGGGGCCAGUGCCAGGCCUGUCCAGGGUUCAGCCAUGCUGUGGUGACAGGCUCACCUGUGUGUCAGUGUCGUCCAGGAUACCUCCGCGCUGACUCUGACACUCCAGACACCCCAUGUACCAGACCCCCCUCUGCCCCACGCAGCAUCGUGACCCAGAUCAACGACACCACUGUGACUCUAGAGUGGAGCGAGCCCAUGGACAGCGGCGGCAGAACUGAUCUGAGCUACUCUGUGGAGUGUUCCCUGUGUGGGUCCCCUAGGGGUCCGUGCUCACCCUGCGGGGACAGUGUCAGCUACAGACCCUCUCAGCGAGGCCUGCUGGGCCGCAGGGUGGUGGUCUGGGGCCUCAUGCCUCACACCACAUACACCUUCUCUAUCCAGGCCCUCAACGGGGUCUCCCCUUUCAAUGGCAAGGGGGCACCCAGCGAUAGAGUUAACAUCACCACCAGUCACGAGGUUCCAGUGCUGCUGUCUGUGAUAAGGAAGAGUAUCUCUACAGAGAGCAGUCUGACUCUCCACUGGUCCGUUCCAGCCCAGCCCCACUACACCAUCCUGCAGUACCAGCUACGCUACUGUGAGCCGGAGCGUCAAGGUCAGGAGCAGUUGUGUAGCUACAGGGAGAGUGACAGUAACCAGGUGGUGCUGAGUGAUCUCCGCAGGGCCACUCAGUAUGAGGUGCAGGUUCGGGCUCGCACCAUGGCCGGCUACGGCAGCUUCAGCCCAGCAGCCUCUUUCAAAACCCUGCCUGACGGGGACGACUCUCCAAAUCAGCUUCUGAUGACCGGUGUCCUUAUCGCCAUGGGGAUGCUUCUGCUCAUCACUGUCGUCACUGUGGCUGUUUUCUGCAUACGCAGACACAGUAGAAUGAAGGACCCAGAGCUGAGUGACAAACAUGGACAGUACCUCCUGGGCCAAGGAGUCAAGGUCUACAUUGACCCCUUUACCUACGAGGACCCUAACGAAGCCGUACGGGAGUUUGCCAAGGAGAUUGAUGUUUCCUUUGUGAAGAUCGAGGAGGUCAUUGGUGCCGGGGAGUUUGGGGAGGUGUGUCGGGGCAGGCUGAAGGUCCCAGGGAAGAAGGAGAACUACGUGGCCAUCAAGACCCUGAAGAGUGGCUACACGGACAAACAGAGGCGGGACUUCCUGUCGGAGGCUAGCAUCAUGGGCCAGUUCCAGCACCCCAACAUCAUCCACCUGGAGGGCAUCAUCACUGCUUCCUGUCCCGUCAUGAUCCUCACUGAGUUCAUGGAGAACGGAGCGCUCGACUCCUUCCUUAGGUUGAACGAUGGUCAGUUCACUCCCAUCCAGCUGGUGGGCAUGCUGCGUGGCAUCGCGUCGGGCAUGAAGUACCUGUCUGAGAUGAGCUACGUCCACAGAGACCUGGCCGCCCGCAACAUCCUGGUCAACAGCAACCUGGUGUGUAAGGUGUCUGACUUUGGCCUGUCCCGUUUCCUCCAGGAGAACUCCUCAGACCCCACCUACACCAGCUCUCUGGGUGGUAAAAUCCCUAUCCGCUGGACCGCCCCAGAGGCCAUCGCCUUCAGGAAGUUCACCUCAGCCUCCGACGCCUGGAGCUACGGCAUCGUCAUGUGGGAGGUCAUGUCGUUCGGAGAGAGGCCCUACUGGGACAUGAGCAACCAGGACGUGAUCAACGCCAUAGAGCAGGACUACCGCCUACCGCCGCCCCCUGACUGCCCCACCCACCUCCACCAGCUGAUGCUGGAUUGCUGGCAGAAGGAGCGCUCGGCCCGCCCUCGCUUUGCCGCCAUCGUCAGCGCCCUGGACAAGCUGAUCCGCAACCCUGCCUCGCUCAAGAUCAUGGCCCAGGAUGGUGCAGGGCCGUCCCACCCCCUGCUGGACCAGCGGGCCCCCCCGGCCCCCUCAGCGUGUGGCUCCGUGGGGGAGUGGCUGAGGGCCAUCAAGAUGGAGCGCUACGAGGACAGCUUCCUCCAGGCUGGAUUCACCUCUGUAGACCUGUUGGCCCAGAUCACUGCUGAGGACCUGCUGCGUCUAGGAGUGAUCCUGGCUGGACACCAGAGGAAGAUCCUGUCCAGCAUCCAGACUCUGACCAUGACCAAGAGCCCUGGAGCCAUACGCUUCUAACCCCAGCACAACUCACCUUGACCCCUGACCUCUUGCCCUGACCCAACACAGACACCAGCACGCAAACACCACACAGAACAUCGCACACCCAUGGACCUAUCCAGCACCCUGUGGUGCUGCACCCACGCAGUUCCUCACCCUGGCACCAGUCCCUUCUUAUACAUGAAGUCCAUCAGUGUAGUGACAGAGCCUCAAUACGAACUUAUUAUAGAUGACCUUCCCUACAAGUUGUUCAACCUGUCCUUAUUGACCACCGAGCGGUCAGUCAGGCCUGGUGCUGGGGUCUGGUGGGAGACUGCCUCACUGGCUAGUUCACCCUCACUCCUCCUCUGCUUCACUGCUUGAAUGUUUACCUGUGGUCCUGAACACACUGGUGAUACUAGUGGAAGCACAGAUCAACGCCAACCUAAGGACUAUAGCUUUUCUAUUGGUGUAUUUCAUGAUGAAGAAUAUGAACUAGCCAGUAGCAGACUACGUUACUGAAACAUGGUGACACUUUCACAAAUGUUGUGUCUUAGAUUAUUCAUCCAUGUGGAUUAUAUGAUGAUGUGAUUACAGCUCUUUCAACGGACUGGAAAAUGUGUGUUUGGACUCUUAUCGGAUGGGCCUCACAUUUUCCUUUGGUUUCAAAAUGCCUUGCCUUUCCUCAGGUGUUAUGGGUAAUGUAGGCAUUUAGACCAGAACAGACUGUAGUCAUACAAGCCUUCCUCUCCUCAUCUUCCUCAGUGACUGUGCAUGACUCUCCUGGGUCAGCUGUGUGGGAGGAGAGCAGGACUGAGAUCAGCACUUAUAGACUGAGCGGGGGAGUUGGGUUUUUUAGUCAGAGAUAGAGCUCUCUCUGUCUGACUACACCUCUGCUCCUCUCAGAAGCUGCAGCACUUCCUGUGUUUCUCUUGGGGUAUGGCUGGUUGGGCAUUUCCACUUCCUGUUGCUGCUGGACUGGGCAGCUCACUUCCACACACUCAGACUGAAGGAGGUCCCUGACCGUGGUUAACGAGACCAAGAGAACACUGCUUAAGUGUUUUCUCAUUGGACGACUUGACCUGGACAGACAUCAGCCUCUCAUUACUUGGUUGAUAUUAUUGUAGGUGUGUUUCUGUCUUGCUCGAGUGCCAUUUGAUCUUCUAUGUGAAUUGAAAUCAAAAUGCCUUUUCUAUAAAGCGGAAAGCCCUCCCAGGGUGAUACAGUUAGAUCUACCAUACAAAGUCCCUUCAGAUGCCACCAGUUUCACAUGUUUAUGUUUGGGGAGAUUGUGUGCUUCCUUGUUAACUAAAGGAUUGUGGGUAAGUGGUCUUCACAUUGAGGAUCUGUUAUGAAAACAGGGACCUAUCUUUUAUAAAGUUGCCUUUUAAAAUAUUGUGUAGAUAAGUAUGUUUUGAUUCCCCCAUCCUUUCUGUGUGUAAUGUGUAUUCAGUCACAAUAAAGACACACACCAGUGUUUAUCA